AUGAAUCUCACUCGUGUCAUUAAGAAAGAAGACUUGCUAAGGAACUCGCGAGCCUUUUUGGGUACUUUGUCAUUUAACGAUGGUCGUGUUGGCGCCAUUUUCCCUGACCGCCAGUUCUUUAUAACAUCGCCAACUUCUGACUUCAUUCCUUUGCUGCCAACCACCAAGGAGGUUCAUCUGUACACUGAUGGUCGCUUUGGGGAGCACAACUACAGCCAUGUCCCACAGUACUACGAAGAAGCAUACUGUCAUCUUCCGCUCAUUCCACGGCAGCCUACUAGCCUCUCGAAGGAUCAUCCUUACCAGGACUACAUAUACAUGUGGGAUAAUAUAACCAGUAACGAUAUCGAGUGGGCUGCCAGCUCUGUUCAAGGAAUAGGCCUGUUACGAAGACCAUGGCGUGGCCGACUAUCCCGUGCUUUCAAUUACAUUGAUGGCCGAUGUGGAAAUAUGUUGGCAGACCAAAAAAAAUCAUCUGACUACCACGACUUGCUACGUAUCCUACGUUCUCGCUUACAGGCAGUACUUGACCGUCUGGGGCAUGUCACGACGGAUAUUUUUACGAUCCAGGUUUUAGUUGCUACUGCGCAGAGAUUCUGGCUUGAGAUCGUUGCUGCUCUGGACUACAUGGACUGGGUCAAGCUGGUCAUGGAUGGCAUCAAGUCUCUGCAUCCUGCACACAGGGCUGAACAUCGCAUUGGGAUGUUCACCUGGGACGUCAGUGUCACCCAACUCUUUUUCAAAGCCCAGAUCCCUGUAUUCUUCAUUCGUCCUUGGGAGUCGUUCACUAAUCAAGUUAUCCUACGCAUCAUUGAGCCAUCUCCUCCAGGGACCUGCAUCACACAUCCUGCACGUCCCUUUCCCAUCGUGUUCGAUGGGCCACCCUCAGAUCCCAAAAAAUAUGUGGCUCAACACCAAUGUCUACGCCUUUUCCAAGGGUACCGUGACCCAUUCAACUUUUGUAUGGUUCCUUCUUCUGCAGUUGCACCAUCAUCUACAUCCACAAUGCUGCCACAAAAUUCCUCUAGGACAGGACCCUUAUGCCUGGACCGUGAUGUUUCUCAUCGUCUGGACUACUCGUCCCAGGUUGGUCGUCCAAAACAUAAAAAAAAUGCCAACAAUAUCAGUCGAGACAAGUUUAGUGAUCUCCAUGGUGAUUAUGCACCUCUUGCUAUUUCUGCCUGGUCAGAAGCCCUGUCCUCAAUCAAUGAAGAAUCUGAACGUGCCCAAACUCUUUCCCCUGAUCUGGUGGCCACAGCUUACAUGUUUCCUGAUCCAAGAAUCAUUACCAAUGUCAAUGCAUAUCGUGCAACCGCUAUGGGUUCCGAGGCAUCACCACUCCGCCCUCAGCAGUGGCGAGACCUACUAGCCCUUGCCCUCAAACGCGCUGAUGGGCCUAGUUCAAGCAAGCUGAAGAGCUCCUCAUCUAUCAAGAGUUUCAAAGCAGCUGAAGAUAUGCUAGGGUCAUGCAUGCGUGAUCAAGGCGUCAUAGUCCAACUCGUCCCACCGCCGUCUUCUGAUGAUCACCCCUUCGAUGUUCAUCGUGGUCGUCAACUCAUCUGGGAGCUCUGUGAGCUCAACUUCCGUUACGAACUUCUUGCGUUGGACAAUCGUGUGGCGCAGGACUGGGAAAUGCCAUUGGCAGUCAGUGCCACUAUGAGUGCCAUCAACAACUUCGCAUCUGAUCGUCAGAAUAUGAUUUUGGCUGUGUUUCCUGGCGGUUCGUUGAUACCAUCAGCAGGAGAAGGUGUGGGUGAUGGAUUUGGCGGUGAGUGGGUGACACGAUGGGAACGUCUCCGGAAUCUGCGAGAGCUGAUGCGGGGCUGGGUGGUUCCUCUACCUGGAGCAUGUCAUGGCUUGUUAGGUAUGACGGAAUCAGAAGGUUCCUUAAAGGUAGAGAAGGCUUUGGCGGUGCAUUAUGCACAGACAUUUUUCGACUUUUUCGGCCGUCCUCCAAUCCUCCCUUGCCGUAAGCCAGUGUAUGAUCAUUGA